UUAUAUACACCAGCCGACUCGCCCACCAAGCGACACUAUGAUCGUCAAAUGGCGAACCAAAGAAAAUCAAAGCCAGAUUUGAAGUGCAAGAAGCACCCAAAACACCGGCAGUCACCGGGCGUUUGCUCGCUUUGCCUGACGGAAAAGCUCUCUCAACUGUCCUCGCGAAGAACCGCCGCCUCUUCUGCCACGGCCGGUUCUUCUUGCCCUUCUUCUUCUGCUUCUUCUUUGUCGUCCUAUUACUCUUCUUCUUCCGCUUCUUCUUGCUCGUCCCCAUUGCGUCCUUAUCGCUUUGUCAAGGAGGGAAAGCCUUCGAUAUCGUUUUUGUUCAACGGCAAGAACGUUCUCACCAAGAGCAGGUCGCUUGCUUUCUUUCCAAGAAUGAAAAAUAUUGGAGAUGAUGAUGGUCAUGAUAAGAAGAAGAAAGGUGGGUUUUGGUCCAAGUUGCUUCGUCCAAGGAGUAAGAGGAUGGAGGAGACCCUCAUGCAUUCUAGGACCAUGAGAGAGAGGGAGAUCAUUAUUUGAGUUUUUUUUUUUUUUUUUUAAAAAAAAAAAAAUUGCUAUUUAUUUAUAUUGUAAUUAUACGACUGUUGUACGGUUGGAUGACUUUACAGUGAAAAUGUCCUUAAUUGUUUUUUAUAAGUUGUUGAUUUAAAGACUAAUUUUCACUGUCAUGUUAUUUCAAUUAACGAUCGUAUUACCGUCUACUAAAUAGUAUUAUUCUUAUUUUUUCUUAGUACGUAGAUGACAAGUGUAUUUAUUAGGUUAGAAAAAUGAAAAAGAGAGAAUGUAUGGAAGAGUAGAAUUAGCCUCAAAGCUUUUGUAUAUAUGCAUGUUUAUGUAUUGUACUAUUUAUAUUUGGAUUGCGAAGAAAAUUAAAGCAGUUCCUUUUUGCAA